GUGUGAUUUUAGAACGGGUUGCGUGGUUUUAGUUUGAAAAGCGUGGAAGUUGUUCAUUCACUUCAAUUUACUGAAUGAUAGUGCUAUCUUUUCACAUUAAGUUCACGUAAACAAUAUGGCGGAUAUAAUAGAUAACGACAACGACAACAGCAUUGACGUUUUUGCAACAAGUGUAUCAAACGAUGGCGAUUUAACAGUUGGAGACGAUUCUGCCGUUUUAGAUCAAUCUAAUGGAGCUGCCGAUGAAACGGACCCAGAACUGGAAGCAAUCAAAGCACGAGUCAAAGAAAUGGAAGCAGAAGCUGAGAAAUUAAAAGAAAUGCAAAACGAUGUGGAAAAACAAAUGACACUAAGCCCCCCAGCUUCUGCAACAUUUGCAUUUCCGACAAUAGAGGAAAAAGUGGAGGCAGAUUCGCGGUCUGUUUUUGUUGGAAAUGUGGACUAUGGAGCAACUGCAGAGGAGUUAGAACAACAUUUUCAUGGCACUGGUUCAAUCAACAGAGUUACCAUAUUGUGUGAUCGGUAUAGUGGUCAUCCAAAAGGGUUUGCUUAUGUCGAGUUUGCUGACACUGAGUCAGUUGAAACUGCAACUGCAUUGGAUGGAACUUUGUUCAGAGGGCGCCAACUGCAGGUAAAUCCAAAGCGAACUAACAAACAUGGCAUAAGUUCUUCUGAUAGAGGGCGCCCAAGGUACAGAGGAAGGGGGAGGGGACGUCAUUAUGCUCCAUACUAUGGAAGGCCAAGACGUGCAUUCAGAGGUCGUCCAAGAGGUUCGUGGUAUUCUCCCUAUUAGAGGAAUGGGUUUGCGCAAAUUUUAAAAUAAGACUGUGGAAAGCGUCGUUAUUCUGAAGUAAACUGUUGCUAUAGAUGAUGUUUUACUAGUAGAUGUGUGUGCAUAUUGUUUGCCCCACAAAUACCUACUUGCAACAAACUUUUUAGCAUCCUGUACUGCCAAUCAAAAGUCAGUUGAUUUUAAAAGAAAUUUUCACAAAAAAAAACAAUGAACAAAUUUUCUUUAAUGCGUUUUUUGGAAAUUUGGCGUUUUAAAUUUCACUUUCAUGUUUUUAUAAUAUGUUCGCCUGUUAAAAUUUCUUUCUUACUUUCAAUGUAUGAGGUGAGGUCUUGUUUGCAGUCGAAAUAUAUGAACUUUUACCAGCU